AUGAGCUCCUACCAAGGAUACGGUUACGGCUGGUAUGGCGCUGCCUCGCCUCAGGACCAGGUAUCAUCACCUUCAGAAUACUAUGGCAGUUAUUACCAGUCCCAGCCUCUAGUCAGAGAUUUGAGUUCUGGGGCCAGCUCGCAAGCUUCCACUGUUCCAGAGUCACCGAUGCAGCGCAACUCCUAUGCUCUGUACGGUUCAUCACCAACGAACUACUCUGGCUACCAACAGGCGUCAGAUUAUCAGCAGUAUUAUUCCUCCGGACAAACCAGGGCUGAGGAGUCCAGUGUCCCCAGGAGUGAACCUGGUAAUGACUGGCCAGUAUCCUGUCUUCAUCCUGGUUGUACCUCUCGCCCUUUCAAGCGGACUGCGGAUCUUCAACGUCACUACAAGAACACUCAUGCUCCUGAGUCGAGCAAGGACGUUUACCUGUGUGACUACCCUCGAUGCACUCGAUACCAUGAGCCCUUCCACCGCCGAGACCACUUUCGAGAUCAUCUUCGCGAGUACCAUCGUGAAGACAUUCAGAAGCGCGGAGCAACUGUCGACGAGGCAUGGCUCCAGGAUCGAUAUGCGCCCUCUAGCUGGUGGCGUUGCCCACGCUGCCUUGUUCGAGUCUACGUCUCCAAGAACGGCUUUGAAUGCCCUGGAUGUAAGACAUCUUGCGAGUCUAAGCGCAAGGAGAAGCGCAGCAGCCGAUCUUGA